AUGCAGCGGCUGUUGACUCCAGUGAAGCAAGUCCUGCAAGUAAAAAGACUUCUGCAGGAAACGUCUCUCUCCCGCUUUCGUCUGCUCCCAGCAGCCUACCAAAAGUUUUCUACAGCCUGUGCUGUUCCGAUGGCCAAAGCAGAUACUUGGCCAAAGGAUGUGGGCAUUCUUGCCCUAGAAGUCUACUUCCCAGCUCGAUAUGUGGAUCAAACGGACCUGGAGAAAUUUAACAAUGUGGAAGCAGGAAAGUACACAGUGGGCUUAGGCCAGACCCAAAUGGGUUUCUGCUCGGUCCAAGAAGAUAUCAACUCCUUGUGCCUGACAGUGGUGCAGCGGCUAAUGGAGCGCACACAGAUUCCGUGGGAUUCUGUUGGCCGGCUGGAGGUAGGCACUGAGACCAUCAUUGACAAGUCCAAAUCUGUGAAGACAGUGUUAAUGGAGCUCUUCCAGGAUUCCGGGAACACUGACAUCGAAGGCAUAGACACCACCAAUGCCUGCUAUGGCGGCACUGCCUCGCUUUUCAAUGCUGCCAACUGGAUGGAGUCUAGCUCCUGGGAUGGUCGCUACGCGAUGGUGGUCUGCGGAGAUAUAGCUGUCUAUGCAAGUGGCAGCGCUCGCCCCACGGGUGGGGCUGGAGCUGUAGCAAUGCUGGUGGGGCCCAAUGCCCCUCUGGCCCUUGAGCGAGGACUUAGGGGAACCCACAUGGAACACGUCUAUGACUUUUACAAGCCAGAUCUGGCCUCAGAGUAUCCGGUGGUAGAUGGGAAGCUCUCUGUCCAAUGCUACUUUCGUGCCUUGGAUCGAUGUUAUGCAUUUUAUCGCCAUAAGAUCCAGAACCAAUGGAAGCAAGCUGGCAAUGAUAGACCUUUCACCCUAGAAGACUUCCAGUUUAUGAUCUUUCAUACCCCUUUCUGCAAGCUGGUUCAGAAAUCCCUGGCACGUCUUAUGUUCAAUGACUUCCUGGCUGCCAGCAGCGACACACAAGCCCGCCACUAUAAGGGACUGGAGACCUUCAGGGGACUAAAGCUGGAAGACACCUACACCAACAGGGAUGUGGAUACUGCAUUUCAAAAGGCCUCUCUGGACAUGUUCAAUAAGAAAACCAAGGCCUCCCUCUACCUCUCCACACACAACGGGAACAUGUACACUUCAUCCCUGUAUGGGUGCCUGGCCUCGCUUCUCUCUCAGCACUCUGCUCAAGAAUUGGCUGGCUCCAGGAUCGGGGCCUUCUCCUAUGGCUCUGGCAUGGCAGCAAGUUUAUUUUCACUUCGUGCAUCCCAGAAUGCUUCUCCAGGCUCCCCACUUGAGAAGCUGGUGUCUAGUGUCUCAGACCUGCCAAACCGCCUUGCCUCUAGAAAGCGUGCGUCUGCUGAGGAAUUCACAGAAAUAAUGGACCAGAGAGAGCAAUUUUAUCGCAAGGUGAAUUUCUCACCCCCUGGUGACACAAACAGCCUUUUCCCAGGUACUUGGUACCUGGAGCGAGUAGAUGAGAUGUAUCGCAGGAAGUAUGCCCGAAGGCCCUUCUAA